AUGUCUGAGCCACCCCGGGCUGAGACCUUUAUAUUCCUGGACCUGGAAGCCACUGGACUCCCAAACAUGGAUCCUGAGAUUGCAGAGAUAUCUCUUUUUGCUGUCCACCGUUCUUCCCUGGAGAACCCACAGCGGGAUGAUUCUGGUGCCCUGGUGCUGCCCCGUGUUCUGGAUAAGCUCACACUGUGCAUGUGCCCAGAACGCCCCUUUACUGCCAAGGCCAGUGAGAUUACUGGUUUGAGCAGUGAAAGCCUGAUGCACUGCCGGAAGGCUGCUUUCAAUGGCGCUGUGGUGAGGACACUACAGGGCUUCCUGAGCCGCCAGCAGGGCCCCAUCUGCCUUGUGGCCCACAAUGGCUUUGAUUACGACUUCCCACUGCUGUGCACAGAGCUACAACGUUUGGGUGCCCAUCUGCCCAGAGACACUGUCUGCCUGGACACACUGCCUGCAUUGCGUGGCUUAGACCGUGCUCACAGCCAUGGCACCAGGGCUCAAGGCCACAAGAGCUACAGCCUGGCCAAUCUCUUCCACCGCUACUUCCAGGCUGAGCCCAGUGCUGCCCAUUCAGCAGAGGGUGAUGUACACACGCUGCUUCUGAUCUUCCUGCACCGUGCUGCUGAGCUGCUUGCCUGGGCAGAUGAGCAGGCCUGCAGCUGGGAUCACAUUGAGCCCAUGUACGUGCCACCUGAUGGUCCAAGCCUUGAAGCCUGA